AUGUCUCCAUACUUCUAUAACUUGCCAAUAGAAGAGCAUAGAGAUAGAAUACUAGACGGAAUACGAAGGUCUAAAGUUUGUAUAAUCAAGGGAGCAACAGGUUGUGGAAAAUCAACGUAUGUCCCAUAUCUACUCUCUCUUUCUUUUCCUUCCUGCAGAAUAGCCAUUAUAGAGCCACGUAGAAUAGCAGUUACAUCACUUCACAGGAUCCUUUCCGGUGCCAUGGAAGGUGUUGGAUACAAGAUGAGGUUCAACAAAUGUAUCGAGAGCAAUACUAAGACAAUCAUAUAUACCGACGGGAGCUUCCUGAAUGAAGUUGCAGAAAGAGAGUUUGAUUAUAUCAUUGUUGACGAAGUCCAUGAAAGAUCGAUUAGAACUGACGUUAUUCUAGGGCUAUUUAAAAAUAGCAUUAAGAACAUAAAAGGAAAGGUGAUAUUGAUGAGUGCAACUGUUGACACAGGAAAGCUGGCUGAUUAUUUCAAGGCCAGUGUACUAGAUAUUCCUGGGGUAACACAUCCUGUAAAGAUAGAAUAUUUGUCCAAGUGUACAAGUGACUACAUUGUAGAGUCGUACUGCACCAUCAAAAGAAUACUUCUCUCAAAGGAGAAUGAAUGGGAAGGAUUUGAGAUCAAAAACAAAGAUAUUCUUGUCUUUUUGCCUGGAGAAGAAGACAUCAACGAGCUGUAUGUGCUGCUGAGAAAACUUCCCGUGGUUAAGAUUUAUAAGAUAUUUUCUGCAUUAAGCGACAAAGAACAAAAUAAGAUCUACGAGCCCUCAAGCUUAAGGAAGGUUAUUCUUUCAACCAACAUAUGUGAGACUUCUUUGACAAUACCUGGAAUUGGGUAUGUCAUAGAUACAGGGCUUUACAAGGUGAAAAUAUAUGAUCAAAUGAGUUGCCUGGGGAUACAAGCCAUAUCCAGGGAAUCGGCUGAUCAGCGACUAGGGAGAUGUAAUAGGACCGGCCCCGGGACCUGCUAUAGACUAUAUACAGAACAUAUGUAUAAUGCAUUGCCUUCACAUCAGAGUCCAGAAAUCUGUAGAUCUGAUUUGUGCCAAGCCUUUCUACAUCUUCUAAGUCAUGGAAAGAAUCUGCUUAGAUUUGAAUUCUUAGAUUAUCCAACCCGUGGAAAUGCUGUUGCUGCUUUGUCCUUUCUUUUGGAGAAAGGAUGUAUAAGCAUCAUUAAGAAAGAUGAUAACUCUAACGUAAGUGCAGCCUUGGUUCAGCAAAGAAACGGGUUAGACUCAAUAGAAUUAAGUCCCGAUGACGUCAGGUUCAGGAUAACAAGGUAUGGAAGGCUUGUGCUUAGGCAUCCUUUUGAUGUCCAUCUAUCUCAUUUCUAUCAGCAAUGCUUGGACAGGGAUGCCGGAUACUUAGCUUCCAUUUUGGUGUCUCUAAUAAGCCAGGAUAGCUGUAACUUCCUGAAGUACAAGAAUAAGCCCCAGGGAACAGAUCUUGGGUUCCUUGUAUGUCUUUUGGAAGGAUACUUAGAGGCUGAGGACCCGAAACAAUACUGUAUAAAGUAUGAGGUGGGCAUGAAGCACAUGAAUAUUGCAAAGAAAAUCUUUCUGGAGCUUAACAGAAAAAAGGGCGGAGAUAUUGAAACGGUAGAAAGGAUUUUCAGCUUUGCAUAUCAGCAUAAUCUUUGUGAAAGAGCAAAGGAUGGAAGCUACAGGCAUCUUAAGAGUAACGAAGUAGUAUGGAUACAUCCAAGCAGCUGUUUUUUCAAGCGCAAAGAUAGAUUUAUUGUUUUUGUAGAUGUCUUCUACACAACUAAGGCAUACGCAAGGAUUGUAGGAAGAUACUUUAAGGCAGAUUAA